AUGCAAAAGCGAUUGGCGGAGAUCAAGGAUCGUGUUGAAGAAUGGCCUAUUGCAUUGAAGAACUUGGUUUAUUGGAGCUACGUGCAGGUUGCACAACCGUGGCUGGACGCGAACGAGGGGCGUCGGACGUGUUGGAAGAUAUGCAUGGUCAACACUGCUAUAUGGAUGGCGUGGCAGGUUCCACGACUGCAGCCGUUGAUGCAACGGCAUUUCACGCACAAUCCCCUUAGCGGCUUGUCAUAUACAAUAUUGACAAGCAUGUUCAGCCAUCGAUCGUUGUUACACCUUAUAGCCAACUGUAUGGCGUUAUCCAGUUUCGGCUCGGCUGCGGGUAUCUACUUGGCAAGACAACAACACACGAAGGGUUGUGAACGGGAGUCCACCAUUCGCUACCACCUUGAAGCAUUUAUAUUGAGCGCUGGUCUUUUCUCCGGCCUCAUCUCGCAUGUUGCCUCUUCCAAGAUUCUGUAUCCCAUGAUGGUUAGACGACUCACGUCUUCAACCGCUGCUGGUAACGUAGCGAAUGCUACCCGAGACACCACUGAACAAGUUUCACGGAAGAAUGCCAUACUCCCGUCUCUGGGCAUAUCUGGCGCUGUGUAUGGCGCUGUCACCCUCACGGCGCUUGCAUUCCCAGACACGGAAAUCUCCUUGAUGAUUCCGCCUACUUAUCCGAUACCAAUUCAAUACGGCGUCGGGGCGCUAGUGAUGUUGGAUAUCAUUGGCGUGCUCCGAGGUUGGAGAUUUUUAGAUCAUUAUGCCCAUUUGGGCGGUGCAGCAUUCGGAGUUCUAUAUUAUCAUUACGGACCUAGGACAUGGAAUACUCUCAGGUGUGCAGCAGAAGACGAAGGCAAAGCACAUAAACCUUGGCGGGUGGAUCCAGGACGUACCUAA